AUGUCAGCCCCAACAACUCCACGCAAAAAUUAUUCUUCGGGUUAUGACAGGCAUAUAUCACAAACAAAUCGAAAUGUUAGUCCUGCAGAUCUGUUAAUGAUGCAGGCCGUUCAAGAAUCUGGUUGCAAAAAACGUAAAAGAGGUCCUUCUGUAAUCGAAGAAGAAGCUCAACAAGAGGAGGAUGGGCGAAUCUAUAGAGCUGUAUUGGCUAGAGCAAUGAUACCUUUCAGAGAUACAACUGAAGAGAUCCUUCGAACAUUUAAUUCUUCCACUCAAAUCACAUCACCUUCAAAUUUGCAAUGUUACCGUACACCCACAAAAAAGAAUUCAGUAAACAUUAUUGAUUCACCGUUUAGAAAUUCAUACUCUUUAACUUCACCAUUUAGAAAUGCAUAUUCUUUAACACCACUUCCAUUAGAAGCACAAGUAAUUUUAACUGGUCCUCGUAAAACACCUAGAUAUAUUAGUAGAUUUCCUUACAAAGUCCUUGAUGCACCAGAUCUUCAAGAUGAUUUUUAUUUAAAUUUAGUAGAUUGGUCAUCAACUAAUGUUUUGGGUGUUGGUUUAGGAUCUUGCGUUUAUUUAUGGAAUGCUGUUUCAUCAAAGGUUGAAAAAUUAUGUGAUAUGUCAAUUCAAGCAUCAAGUUCUAAUGGAGAAAGUCCAGAAAAUGUCACAUCAGUUAGUUGGAUGCCGACGGGCACACAUAUAGCUAUAGGCACAUCUCUUGGCUUUGUAGAAAUUUGGGAUGUCCAAAAAAGCAAGAGAAUCAGAAAAAUGAAAGGUCAUCCUCUACGUGUUGGCGCCCUUGCGUGGAAUUCAUAUACAUUAAGCUCAGGAAGUCGUGAUAAAUCAAUAAUUCAUAGAGAUGUCAGAAAUAAAGAGGAUUAUACUACAAAAGUUAUUGGUCAUAAACAAGAGGUAUGUGGCCUUAAAUGGAAUCCUGAAGGAACUCAAUUAGCAAGUGGUGGUAAUGAUAACAUGCUCUUGAUUUGGGACAAAUCAAAUGAUAGUCCAAUUUAUAAAUUUCUUCAUCACACUGCUGCUGUUAAAGCAAUUGCUUGGAGUCCACAUUCACAUGGUCUUUUAGCAAGUGGUGGUGGUACUCAAGAUAAACAUAUUCGUUUUUGGUCAACUACAACUGGCGAAGCAUUGGAAAGUUAUGAUACUGAGUCACAAGUUUGUAACCUUGCUUGGUCUAGGCAUGCAAAUGAAAUAGUUUCUACUCAUGGGUACUCUCAAAAUCAAAUAAUUCUUUGGAAGUAUCCUUCUAUGGAACAAUUAGCUGUGUUAAAAGGACAUUCUUUUAGAGUAUUAUAUCUUUCUGUUUCACCUGAUGGUCAAAAUAUAGUUACUGGUGCUGGUGAUGAAACACUACGUUUUUGGAAUAUCUUUAACAAUGCAAAAAAGGAGCCAAAACGUGAAUCGUUUUUUAAUUUUAGGGCAAAAAUUCGAUAA